CAGAGGCAGGAACCAGACCAUUCUGGGAGUUUUUCACAUGCUACUUGAAUAAUGAAAACAUCAAUUUUCUUGCUGCAAUUGUCUCGAAGUUGCCCCGUACCUUCAUAGUCACGGACGAUGGUCAGAAACUUGCCUGGGACGUGGUCCUUGUCGAUGAAGACUGCACACUUGUACCACUCACUAUGUGGGAAGAAUUUGUGACUCGCCACGGUGCUGAGAUCGAAAGGCGGUUGAAUGAAGGGGAUCGCCCCCUCGUGCUCAUUAACAUGGUUGGUGUCAACCUCUUUCAAGGCCUUUCAUUGUCGACGCGAUACGAUAGCCAUAUGGAACUUGAUUCAGCCGGCAAGCGUGUGUUGCUACUUAUACAUGGGUUGCUGCUAAUAUAGCAAAGAUAGAUAAUCUUCUGGUUGACAAACAGUAUGAGAUGCGCUUGCUGACAUCGCCCAUCCUGUCUCACAACCACGCAUUUCACUUUCAGGUGUGGAAGCUGGGCUUAAUAAG